UUAAAUGGGAACACAGGGCGCAUAGAGGAAAAGGGGCACAGACAGAAAACUCCCCCCCUAAAAAAAAUUUAAAAAAAAAAGAAAGAAAGAAGAAGUGGAGACAGACCUCUGACGCACAGGAGAGACUGAGAAGUAGUUGAAAGAAGAAGAAAAGAAGCAAAAGGAGAGGAACAUAGACGUGGGAUUUUCCUCCUUGUAAAUGUGUCUUUUUUCACUCUCAUGACUCCAAGAGGAUUCCGGCUAAAUGCACCCGGUCGGGAGGAACUGAUGGUGUCCUCUGGGAGAGACAGAGCCGAGGGGAGGAAUCUGAAUGCGCUCAGCUGAACCAUGCCAGCCUUGUGGAUCCUAACUUUGGCGAUCACUUUGAACCAAGUGUGGUGUGUGCGAUUCUCCCAGGAGCCGGCCGACCAGUCAGUGGUGCUGGGGGAGCGGGUGGUGCUGUCCUGCGUGGUCUUCAACUACAGCGGCAUCGUCCAGUGGACCAAGGACGGCCUGGCCCUCGGUGUAGGAGAGGGUCUCCGAGCCUGGCCCAGGUAUCGUGUGCUGCGUGCGCUGGACACCGGCCAGUACAAUCUGGAGAUCUCCAAUGCUCAACUCUCCGAUGACUCUCUGUUUGAGUGUCAGGCCACAGAGGCGGCGCUGCGCUCCAGGAGGGCCAAGCUCAAUGUGCUCAUCCCCCCCGAGGAUCCAGUGGUGGAGGGAACGCCGGAGAUCUUGCUGAUGGCUGGAAACCCGUUCAACCUGACGUGCAUGACCCGCGGGGCCAAGCCUGCAGCCCACAUCCAGUGGACCAAGGAUGGAGUCCCCGUGGAGGGAGCCUAUCACUCCACGGAAGUGCUUCCAGACAGAAAGAGAGUGACAACCAGGAGCUACCUGCACAUCACUCCAGUCGACACUGACAGCGGCAGCAACUUCACCUGCGUGGCCACUAAUCCAGCAGUACCGAUGGGCAAACGGGCCACCAUCACCCUCAACGUCCAUCACCCCCCCACGGUGACCCUGUCCAUCGAGCCCCGGUCCGUCCUGGAGGGUGAGAGAGUCACCUUCACCUGCCAGGCCACCGCCAACCCUCCCAUCAUGGGCUUCAGGUGGGCUAAAGGAGGCGUGCUGCUGGAGGGGGCCAGGGAGAGUGUGUUUGUCACCACGGCCGACCACUCCUUCUUCACGGAGCCCGUGUCCUGUCAGGUGUUCAACGCAGUGGGAAACACCAACGUCAGCAUCCUCGUGGACGUGCACUUUGGCCCGAUUCUAGUGGUGGAGCCCCGGCCGGUCACCGUGGAUGUGGACUCUGAUGUCACUCUGAACUGCAAGUGGUCAGGAAACCCUCCCCUCACCCUCACCUGGACCAAGAAAGGCUCCAGCAUGGUGCUCAGCAACAACAACCAGCUGCAUCUGAAGUCAGUGGGCCAGUCUGAUGCCGGCCAGUACGUCUGCAAGGCCAUCGUUCCUCGUAUCGGAGUGGGAGAGACUGAGGUUACGCUCACUGUCAAUGGCCCUCCUAUCAUCUCCAGUGAUUCAGUCCAGUACGCUGUCAGAGGGGAGCGGGGAGAGAUCAAGUGUUACAUCGCCAGCACCCCUCCGCCUGAUAAGAUUGUUUGGGCGUGGAAGGAGAACGUGUGGGAGAAGGAGAAAGGCACGCUGAUGGAGAGGUACACCGUGGAGCAGAGCAAGCCCCCCUCCCAGGGCGGCGCCGUUCUCUCCACGCUCACCAUCAACAACGUCAUGGAGUCGGACUUCCACUCGCCGUACAACUGCACCGCCUGGAACUCCUUCGGGCCCGGGACCAUGAUCAUCACCCUCGAAGAGACAGAUAUUGUUCCAGUGGGAAUUAUCGCUGGCGGUACGGUGGGCUCCUCCAUACUGCUGCUUAUGCUUCUGAUGGCACUCGCCUUCUUCCUCUACCGCCAACGCAAAGGCAGUCGCCGUGGCGUCACCCUCGGUAAACCAGACAUCAAAGUUGAAACGGUCAACAAAGAGACCCACAAUCUGGAGGAGGAGGCGGCCAACGUCUCCACGGCGACCAGGAUGGUCAAGGCCAUGUACUCCUUUCUGCCCUCUGUUUCCCUCUCUCCCUCCACUCAGCCGUUCAAAGACGACAUGGACCUGAAGCAGGAGAUCCGAAGCGAGAGCGACACGCGGGAGGAGUACGAGCUCAAGCAGGACCCGACCAACGGCUACUACAACGUCCGGGCCACCACCCACGACGAGGCGCGCCCCCAGUCCCGUGUCGUUCACUACCAGGGAGAGUUUCGUUCCCCCAACCCAAACAGCGGACCGGCCAGCGCUUCCUCCAGCAGCCCCUCAGUCGCCGCCGGCGGCUCCGUCCCCCCCAGCGCAGUGCCAGGCUCAAGGGCAGGCUGCUAUGACCCGCGCCCACCCUCAAGGAUGUCCCAUGCCACCUACGCCCAGUUCAACACCUUCACCAGGGCGCCACAGAGCCAGCAAGCACCCCCCAAUCCAGCCCUCCAGUCCCCCGGAGAUUACUCCGGAGGAGACUGCGGCCUGCUGGAGAGCUCCACCCAGCUGCCAUAUGACAAUUAUGGAUACCCCUCCCAGUAUGCCAGCUACCGCAUGGGCUUUGCUCCUCCCAUAGAGGAAGGGCCCGCCUAUGAGAUGUAUCCUACGGGUCAAGGGACCGGGCCAGGGCCAGGACCAGGACCAGGACCAGGACCAGGACCAGGACCAGGACAGCAAAGCCCUGAAACAGGACUUGUGAAGUAUGGAAGCUCCACUCGUUUUUCGUACUCGUCGCCGCCCUCUGACUAUUCCCACAGACACACACAGAGGAUGCAGACUCAUGUGUGAGACACGGACACUAAAAGUCUCGGGCUUGCUUUUUGCAGCAGCAACUACUUAUUACGCAUAAAGACACAGUAUUUCCCACCUUGUAUAAAUCCUUCCCUCCUACAUAACGCUUCAGGAAUCUGCCUCUGUCUCCAUAACAACCACUGCAUGGGAUUUGGUCACUUUUCUCUACCAAAUUAAAUACCAUAACAACACUAAGCAGUUAGAAGUUAGAAGCAAUACAUGCAGUACCCGCCAGGCGACUUCCAGGCUUCCGGUGUGCAGAGCUUAUUCUCCACCAAAACUGAACGUGAGAACCGCAAUCAAGACAGAAGAUAAAAGAAAUGAAGCAGAAGACCACUUUGAAGAAAUCAUGACGCUUUAGAGGUGCAGUCUUAAUCUUGCUCACCAUCUUCUUGCAUCACAAGCCAUUUCUGUAAAUAUGCGCAAAUUGAGAUUUGGGUCCUUUAAAAAUGAUAUUCUUUGUAUAAACCUGUACACACUAAGAUGCAGCGCAGAGAUCUGCAGCAGACCUUUCUACAUGCAACACCUCUUUUGCAUUUCUGACUCUGACAUACUUAUUUCACUUUGAGACAGACGGAACUUUAAAAAUCUUGCAGCAUUGGAGCAGCUUGGACUAAAAACACAACUGGCACUUCUUCCUUUUUUUUUAAUUAGUAUUAUUAUUAUUACCUGUGCUCAUUGAAUCAUGCCCAGGGGGAUUUCUUACACGAUCCACCUUGAUUUGAGUUGUCAAAAGCUUCUGAAGGUGACCAGAGUGCCAGUGCUUACGUGCCAACCCAAAAACAAAACAAAACUGUGUCUUCUUUUCUAAAGUGUGGACAAUGAGGUGCUCUGGACGAUGAGUUUUUGUACAUGCCUCAUCUGCACCGAGCGAAAAAGAGCGGUAGCAAGCGCCUCGCUGCUCCCGAACCUCCUCACAUCUCAUUUUUAUCAUCACCAUACACUUCUAUAUUUAAUAUUUCACACGACAUCAAUGCCAUAAACAGUUUGUGAAAAGGAAGUACGGUGGGGGUGCUCAAUGAAUUUCUGCAAUUUGUACAAAAAGAUACCUCCCCCUACCUUCAAGUGUCAGAAAAGUAUUUGUUUCUCUCACUUGCACAGUAGAGUAGAUUUUUCCCCCCCCAUAUUUAUAUGGAAACAUAUGGAAAAAAAGGCAUUCAGAAACAUUUUAUAAUAUUUUUAUAAGGAGAUGUGGACCAAAGGUUCAGCGUUUUGGGUGACACUCGCUUUUUAACUGUACGUGGUAUUGUGAUCGUUACUGGAAACGGUCAGAGUUGCUUAGAAAAGUGACGGACUGCAUUUUUAAUGUGGAUAUUGUAGGCUUAAAGUAAAACACUUGAAGAGCUUCCCCUCAAAAUAUCCAGCCGGAGCAAAUCUCUGAUGGAUACGUCUCUGUGGCGUGAAACUCUUACUUUCACUUCCAGUCUUCUGACUGGACUGCCUUUUUCAGAUUAUGAUGAAAUUCAAAAGGGUGGAUGGAGAACAAGCAGCUGCUCUCUUUGAGCUUUUCUGUAAACUUUGUAAGCAACAUGGAAGUUCAAAUGUGGUCUUAACAUAUCAAAGUGAGGUGCAGAAGGUUAUAUCUAGCUCAUGUGGUACAUUUGAACUUUUACAAACUAUGUGUAAUUAUGCUGGUUUCUUCUCUGCUACUAAAACGGUUGGUGUUUUACGUCCAAGACUUUUCUGUUGUGUUACGUCAGCUUUUGGUGUGUUAUUGGUCCUAAAGAAUUUGGUUGUUUGCGAGGAAGAGACUUGCAGAUCCUGUUCCUUCCCUCUCUGCUGUGCUUCAGCUCUGCCUCCAAAACCUCACCCUCCACGGGAGGUCAUCACGCCAACACGUGCAAAGCUGGUACCCACGGCCACCGUGGGAGUGGCGGGUACGAGUUAGAGGCCGGCUGGACUCGGACUGGUUGCUUUCCCUUCGGCACGGUGGAUUUUGAAAAAAUUACACUAAAAGCAAUAGGAGAACCGGAGGAACCUGAUGAUCUCCCUCGUGCUUUACAUGGCAUUGUGCUGAAAGGCAGUUUCAAACGUUUUGCAAGUAUUACAAAAAGUUAUUUUCAUGUCGGAUGAAAUACGGUUUAAACCAUUCAAGAUCAUUGUUCAGCAUUUAAAACAGAUCAUUUGUUUGGAAUGGGCUUACUCUCUUCAUCAUCAGUCCAACUCAAAACCUCCCCUUUCAUAGUGACCAUCAUUUGUUGAUAAGAUUCUGCAGAAAUAUUAACCAUAGACAUGCCCUCAAGUAUCAGACAUCCAAGUCAUUAAUCCAUUACUUCCUUUCUUUAAGGAACAAGACACAUGACAGCCUUGCUUUAGCAUCCAUCUGGAAUAGCUUCAACAUUGUAUUACCUUUACUAAAGUUCACAUCUUGCAUGCUUUAUGCCCACUCCCCUUUCGACCCCCAUGACUUACUCCAACAAAUUGCGCAUUCACGUGAAGGGUAGUGGCGUCCCAACUCUCUUUUGGAUAAGAGGAAUGAGCUAAGGUGAAGGGCUUCAUAUCCCUCCAAAUAGUUUGUAGGAUGAAGUGGCUGCACAACUAAGCAAAGAAACCUGCAAUUCUAUUGUCCUACGCAUUUUCAGCAUCCAUAAAGGUUAUAAAGUUAUGAAAACCAUCGAGUUAUGUUACAUUGAGUCUUUUAGGAAGAUAUUCAUGGACUUGCUUUUACUUAACUAACUUAAUUAAAAAUAAAUCCCAGUAUUUGCUAACAUCGCAUUGUUACUGCGGAUUUGCAGAUCAGAUUUACAGCUCGAUGACGUGCAGAUGUGCAGCCAGUACUCGAUCUCAAACUGAUCCACCAGAAUCCACCAAAGAAAUCUACUUUCUCUUAGUUUUCUGCAUCUUGGUAUUGACAAAUGCAAAUAAAUGCCUACAAUCAAGGUGACUGAGAUUACCAAAUCUAGAAUGGGCAUUUUAAAAGUUAUAGUCACUAUUUCCCCACCUGAUGCUGAUUCAAAGAGGGAUAUUUCUGCAUCUUGUCAUUAACACAAAUCAAUAUGAUCACGUUUGAAAUCAGUAUUUGGAUGCUCAUGUUGACGUAUGGUGACAUGCAAGGAAGUUUCAGAAUGAAAUAUUUUAGCGCUACAUCUUGGCACCUUGUUUCAAGGUGUAAAGAGCCAAAUGGUCGAAACUGGACUGGGCCUUAAUUGAUAAAGUUACACAGGAUAGGUAACAAUAAGCAGCCAAUCGUAUAUAUAUAUUUAUACUUAAUUUCCAGCCAGUUAGAAUAAAAAGGAUAAUUUUCUCAAUAAGACUUGAAAAGGUCAUCAGCUCCUCCACAACUCGUCAUUAAGUGUUUACUUUUAUCAUCCACCCAUCAACGCCUGAUGCUAUAUAAUUGCCGGCAAGAGGCUGUAAAAUAUAUGUAUUGCUUUUGUUUCGUAUAAAUUCUGAGUAAAAGAAAAUCGCAGACACAAAUAUCAAAUAAAAACCUGCAGUUUCAAGGUCAGUAUGUAAAUCGUCUCGGCAGAGGUACGACGGCAGACGGAGCACCGUUUGGAAUUUAUACGGUUAUCACAGCCGUGGUGUUGCAUACUAUUACCUCUUUACAACCUUUUUACAGAGAUGUAGCUGCGCAUUGUUUUGCAGUGUUGUUAUGACCUUGAGUCGAAUGAAUGAAUCUGACACAGAGGAGCUGCUGAGUCCGGCAAACACAAGGCCAGGCCCAUCCCGGUACUUAGUCAUUACCUCUGUUUACAGUUUGUUGACGGGGAUGUAUAAAUAUGUAAAAGGCACUAUAAAUGCCAAAAAUGCAAAGCAGAUGUUUGGGUUUGGUUCAGCUGCGGGGGAGAAUAUGAUGUAGAAGGGAAUAUUGAAGCAUUUAUUUCACUAAAUUGUUUUUUUUUAUGUAUUUUUCUUGGUCUUGACACGCUGAACCCUCCACAACCAGUCAGUGUCCAGAUUCGAAGGUUGUAAUAUCAUAAUAGUGGGCCUUUUUCUCAUUAUUUUUAUCCAAAUGUUCUUCAAAAGUAACAUAUGGAGAUGGUAUAUCUAUGUUUUAUGGUUUAUAUAACUUCACGAGCUCAUGCCAGCCACCUGCAGUUAUUUGCUUCAUGAAAUUCAGCAUUUAAAAUCCUGUUUUCCUUGUAUUGCUUUGUGGUGCAACAUCACUAGUGGAACUUAUAUCAUGUUUUUGUUGUGUUUUUUUUUUAAAUGCAUCUGAUAGGGAGGUUCGAAUAUGACCAAUCAACCCCUUAAAAAAAGAGAAGUUCUGAACAUCUGUGGUUAAAACCACUGCUCAGGCCUUGGGGGGAAAAAUAAAAAAUAAAAAAAACCUGUCUCAACUAGGCCACCCCGGGCCAGAUCCAGGCCAAACCCACAGCUAACUGCUCUGUGCCAUGCUGUGUGGUGCUGUGCCAAGAGGGACUGAAGAUGCUCUCUGUCUAUUUUUACUUUGUGGAGUUUCCAGUGAGUGCCAAAAGACUGUGCAAAAAAGAAAAAAGAAGAAAAUCAUCUGAGCAGACAAACAAAUGCAGCAGCCGUUUGUGUUUAUUGUGCUUGUGUAUUCUCAUGAGCAACAGUAUGUGUGUGAAUGUGCCUCCAUUUAUGAAGAAGUGUGUGUGUGUGUGUGUGUGUGUGUGUGUGUGUGUGUGUGUGUCUGUGUCUGUGUGUAUGUGUGGGGGCAGCAUGGAACCCAAGUGUGUGUUUUCAUGCCAUUAGAAACCUUGUGAGACCGCUGCGUUGAAGAAACUAGGGUUUGACUGAUUACUUCAUGUUUUUGACCGGCUGUGUCGACACCUGCCGGUCUGAUGGGCCCAAAAACCCAAUCUGAAAGUACAUUUCUCUUACCAAUCUAAUUUUUAACGCGUCAACUCUCUUUUCUAGGAGACUAUCAUUGCUGUAGAAACAGCAGUUUUGUACCGUUUGGUUUUGAAAAUGUGCUGAGCUGAAAAAGUUGCCAUUUUUUUAAUGAUGUCCCACCUAAGUUCAUGUGACAGUUUACAUUAUAACUGUUUAUUUACAUGCUAAAUACAAUUAAAGUCCCAACUACUGCAACUUUUUUGGUUCCAGCACCCCAAUAUCAAAAAUCAGUGAUAGGUUUAAUAUUUUCUUUAUUAGUGAAGCUGAAACUGGGAUUAUAUUCGGUAUCCAAAGAUUAAAAGUCACAAAAAUAGCAUCAUUUAUAGAUGGUAUUAAAUUGCCCAUCUAAAUGGAACUAACUAAAUGUUGUUGAGCACAUAUAUGUUAAAAUAUAAAAAGUAUUUUUCCCUCUGACCUUCAAAGGUUCAACAUUGACUUAAACUGUUGGACGCAGUCGUCAGGUGCAUCAGAGAAUUGAAAGAUCAGGGAUAUCAGGAAAUUCCAUGAUUUGUAUUUAUUUAUGUUGUUACAACCAUGUCACCACAUAAGCAGAGUUUUCCUCUGCAGAUUGAUCCUGUAAGCUCAGAUCAACCCAACCCGUGCAUCUAUCCCAACAUGGGGAGAGAUGGAUGUGACGUGUGAUUGGUUUAGGAGGGUGACCAAUAACAGCAGCAGAGGAGACCAAACACUCUGCUCCGAACCACACAGAGAAAUACAACAUUUAGGCUACACAACCCGAAAGUUUCAUAAUAUACUGUAUUUAUGGGAAAUACUCUGAAUCUGGAGUAGUAAAUUAAAUUCAGUGUGAAAACUCUUCUUUUGAGAGUAAAAGCUUUAAAAUGAUGCUGAUGAGUUUAAAAACAAACCAUGACAUCUUUGUGUUUUAGUGUAUUUCCCCUUUAUGCGUAUAAUACAAAGAGAAAAUAAUGUAGUAUUCUGGUUUGAGGGAGUUGAAUUGUUGAAAAUUCACAAUAUAUGAAGAAUACUCAUUUAACUAUAUUUAUGAUUUAAAAAAAAAAAUGUUAGUUUUAAUUUAGUUAAUGAGCUUUAUGUUGAAAAAACAGUAUUAUUUUUCAUGUGACGUGUUGCAGCGUCACCUUCUGUUUUUAACACUUUAUUUCAGCUCCUGUCACUUUGGGGUCCACCUGCUCAAAGGACCAAACUUCUUGCUCACUUCAUUGGAAAUAAACAGCCAGCAGACAAACAAAUGUUUAAUUAUGUCACACGUUUAUGUCGACGAGUAGCUGAAGCAGUGCCAGGACGGCAAACACGGCGCAUGCGCGGUGCCUUCUGAUAGAGAUAAUAAACAUUUACUAAAAACUAAAAAGGAACAGCAGUCCAAAAGAAAAAAAAUGACAAUCUCAACAACGGUCCUUUAAAAGAUUAAAAUAAGUGAAUGAUUUUUUAAAAUCAGCAUCAGUCAAACCCUAGUUAAAAACGAGCUGGUAGGACGCGUGAAGAAGUUUUGUGUGGAGGUGGAGGUGCUGCACUCGUCCUCAUCCAGAUGUGGAGCCUGUCUGCUCUGCAAAACAGCUGCACUGGGGGACGAGAGGACAGUCUGCUUGGCGUCAUAAAGCAAAUCACUACAGUUAGAAAGAAUCCAAACUGCACUUAAAAACGUGUGAAGGAGAGCGAGCAUCAACAUGAGAGGGACAGUGUUUGUGUUCAUUUAGAUAUAUAAAUAUAUAUUCUCCAUACUCCAGUUCUUUAUUUUAUCCCUAUAUAUUGUUCAUGUGUGUAUUAACUCUUGUUGAGUAUAUGUAAAUCCUUUUUGUUAAGAAAAAAAGUGUACAAAACAUACAAAAUAUAACUGAAAUGUUCUUUUAUUUUCACUUUUUUUUUUUUUUUUGGAUUUCCUUUUUAUUUUCAUGUAAUUAUUUUUUCACAGUAUCAGAGAAAAAUAAAAGAUG